AUGGCAAAUCCCUCAGGAUCUUACUCCGCGGGUGUGUCUUGGAAGUGGUGGAUGCUGUCAAAAGGUCCAGUCAUAAGUGUUGCUGAUAUGUUGUGGAAGAACUCCGCUCCACCCAAGGUGAAAUUCUGCAGCUGGUUAGCUUGGAAAGAAAGACUUAAAACUUCGGUGUUCUUGAAAAGGAUUGGUGUGUUGAACUCGGAAGCGAACACAGUGUGCCUGCUGUGUAAAACAGAGGAGGAGUUUUUGAACCAUUUGUUGUUGUCGUGUCCUGUGGUUUGGAAACUAUGGUCAGACAUGAUUAAAUGGUGGGAUCUGGUUUGGGUGGUUCCAGGUACAGUCGAGGGAUUGCUACAUUGGUGGGCAGGCUAUAAAUUUAAGAAGGAGAUCCAACCAUUGUGGAAAGUUGUCCCUGUAGCAGUUCUGUGGUCAAUUUGGAAAGCUCGGAACGAUUGUCUUUUUCACCAAAAGAGUGUUGAAGGGUUUGAUUUGGCUGAGUUGGUAAAAGUGAGGAUAGCUUUUUGGUGCAAGCAUAGCUGUGGAGGUUUGCAAUACUCCGUGGAGGACAUUGUUUUUAAUCUCGACAUAUUCUACAUCACUGUGUUUUCUGGUUUAUCUGUGUUGCUGCAACUGUGA